AUGUACAGUGUGGAAGAUCUCCUGAUUUCUCAUGGAUACAAACCAGCUCGAGAUGUCCCAGCAGCACGAGAGGACAAAUCAGAGGGAUGUCGGCCAACGAGGACAAGAACCCGAGCUGGCCAAGACCUGUUGAAUGGGUAUGAGGAUGGCCCUACAGCACAUGCCCACAGUAGGAAGUCCCUGGGGACAGGACAUGUGAGCAGCUCUGAAAGCCGCAGCAGCAAGCCAAGAGGCCACGGGGAGCGCCAAAACAGUUCUGCUUCUAGAACUCCUGAGGCGGGGUUAGCAUGGUCCUCUCAGCCCCACCCUGGUAGAGACCACACGUACAGGAGCAGAGGAAGGCAGGAGAGCAGUGGCUUGCUGGGGCCCAGGGACCGGGAAGAAGUGGAGAUCAGAGGAAUGGCUCAGGCCCACAGUCUGCCCAUCCAUGUGAGAGAGAGUCCAUGGGAAGUCGCAGGAAGGACAGAGCAUGUGAUAAAGAAAGCUGUUUGGGAAGAAGAGCUGAGGAUGCCAGCCGCUGUUAAGUUGCAGAAUGUGAACCUGGAAAGCUGGAAGCAGCCAAGGAAGUUAGGGAGGCAAGUGUCUGAUGGUGAUAGAGAGAAAAUGUUCCGGGAUCUGUACCAGUUCGUUCAAGGAGAGCACAUGCUGACGUCUCAGAACAAAAAGAAAUCCCAGUCAUUGCCUCGGGUUCUUUCUCCCAAGAGCCUGAGUUUCACAGAAAUUUCUGUUCCGCUACACGAUGGGCACUUAACAGAUAUUCCCAAAGUGCCACCAUACCCUCCCAGCUGCCCACCACCUUUGGAACCCACGAGGAACCUUGAGAAAGCAAGUUCCUCGGGCCCUUUUCCCCGGCCUAAGUUUGGGAAACCCCUUAAAACUCCAUGUUACAGCUCUCACCCACAGCCCAGGAGAGAAGAUGGAUUUCAGGACCACCAACACAGGGAUCCACAUGGCUCCUACCCAAUAAGAAGUAAGGAUUCCAGGCAUGAGCUAGGUGUGCUGGACACUGGCUUGGAGCCUCCAGUGUAUGUGCCUCCACCAUCAUACAGGUCACCCCCACAGCAUAUUCCGAACCCCUACCUUGAAGAUCCUGUGCCCAGGCAUAUGAGCAGCAGCCAGAGUCAACAGCAGCAACUCCCUGAGAAAGCUGAGGCCGGCUCUGCAGUUCCUUCUGGCUCCCUUGCAGCUAGGAACCUCUAUGAUACAAUGCCUAGCUGUCCUCCUCCAGGUCCUCCCCCACACCCCUAUCCUGUUGCCACCCACGGGGCUUCUAUUCAGUACAUUCCAUUUGAUGAUCCACGGAUUCGACAUAUCAAACUAGCUCAUCCCCCAGAGUUCUAUGAGAAGACAAAGCUUGAUGACAGAGCCUAUAACGCUGGUAUCACUACCCAGGAACCAGCUCUUGAGAAAAGACACUACGAUGGUGCCCUUUUAUCACCACAGGGCCCAGCACUCCCAUCAGGCAAUGAACAGGGCUCAGCCUUUGCCCAUUCCAGUCCCCGGUGGCUGCGGCGUCAUAUUCCCAUGGACGUUGAGCAUGAAGGCUUCUCCAGCCAGAUAGAACAGCGUGUUAUGAGAGGACUAGGGACUGAUGUGAGAGACAGCCAGGCAGAAAGCCUUGCCUCCUCCCCACAGCCACAGAGUGAGGGUACCUGUAAAACCUACACUAAGCUCAAAAAGUUUGAAACUGGGAUUCAGACCAAGAAAAGUUCAAAGAAGAAAACCAACGCCACCAUAUUUUGUUUGGUUUCUGUCCCGGUUAAAUCUGAGUCACUUCUGUCAGAUACGGAUACGAACAACAAUGACUUGAAUCUGGAAGCUGAUAAGACACAUGGACUGUGUCAGGGUACAGCCCUGGAAGAGCAAAGUCUGUUAAGUAUGUCUUCCACCGACUUGGAGCUGCAGGCCCUCAUGGGAAGCAUGGCUUGGAGAAGAACACCCCCAAGGCAAGGUCUGGAGGAGCCAGAAGAUGGCCAAACUGGUGACCUCAGAAUCCUCCAUCUCACCAAACCCAGGGAGCUCCAGCUUUCUGGCUCAUGGCCAGGCCACCAGUACAGAGAUCAGCAGACCCAAACCAGUUUCCCUGAAGACUCCAAAAGCUCAAAUCUCCCCCUUGCCACACAGCCAGAAGAGUCCAGCAACACAGCACUGACCCCAACAUGCCCAGAGCCCACUGCCUCAGAGGCACACCUGCAUGCAGCCUUAGCAUCCAGUGACCAAAAUCAGAAGCCCAGUGGACCUCACCUCAGAGGGCAAAUGUCCCUCAGCCCAUCUCGAAACAGUGCUUUCUCAAGGACUUCCCCAGCCAUAGACCAGGCAUCUAUGCCAAAAGGGGCCCCUGGUCAGCCCCCUAGGGCCAGCCCUGUAUCCAAGCCAGAGGUGGUGAAGGGGGAAUCUAUAGCAGGCCAGUGCAACAGCACACAACUCUUUGGUCAGUUUCUCUUGAAACCAGUUAGCCGCCGGCCCUGGGAUCUGAUAAGUCAGUUAGAAAGUUUUAACAAGGAGCUGCAGGAAGACGAAGAAAGUCUUGGUGCUAAUGGUGGGAGCAGUAAUGAGAGCAGUGAGGUAGAAGAGCCACAGAACUGUGCUGAUUCCAGAGCCAAGGGCAGGGGCCACCAUGAAAGCGGCCAGAAACGGAGAGCAGAACAGCAGCCUGCCGUGCUGGCACCAGAGGAGUCAGGGUUACAUCAAGGAAGACUUAAGAAUGAGUCAGGGAGUUGGAGUGAGGAACCAAAACCUGGCCACCCAUGUGCCCAUCCUCAGUCCCUGAGCCAGUCACAGGAGGAAGACAGCAGAGGCAUUCUUGUCCCGAAGACAGAUGGAAGACUGGUUGCAGAGCAGCAAAGCCAGGAGGCUCCGAAUGGGGUGUUUGAGCAGGACAUCAGCAUAAGUCCUCGGAGCAGGAUGGCUGCCAGUGACACAAAAACAGCCCCUUUUUUCUAUCUGGCAGAACUGAGAGGAAGUCAAGAACUCACCAAAGUCAACCAUGCUUUAGGCUCUGUGCAGCUGGGCAGAGAGAGCCCUCCAAAGGUGGAUAGUGGUGAUGAAAGGGACACAGAGUCCCUACUGCCUCUUGCUGAAAAAUACCGAGGCCUCUCAACACCAGACUUGCAGUCCUUGGGUCUCAUGCUGGGACAAGAGCAGAGUGCCUAUAAAUCAGAGCCCCUGGGUAUAGAGAAUGCAGGGGAAGUCCUCCCAAGUGAGUCUCUGCAAGAGAGGGCAGAGAGGAUCCUGGGCAUUGAGGUGGCUGUGGAGUCCCUCCUGCCUGGUGCCAAGAAAGGAGGACAGAGCCAGCUCCCUGAGCCUGAUGCAAGUGCCUGCAGCCCAGAGUCAUCCAGAAAGGACUCAUGGCCCAGCUUAGCACCAUCAGGGGGCCCCACAGUGACCACUGAUGCCUUCUAUGGCAGGAGAAAGUGCGGCUGGACUGCGAGUCCUCUCUUUGUAGGGGAAAGGGCUCCCCAGGCUUCUGUAUGCUCAGAUGUGGAUGGGUUCCCUGCAAGCCAGGCCACCAGUCCUGAGCCUGGCACAAAGGAUGAGGAGGCAAAACCACCCUUCAAAUCCACUCUAUUCCACUUCAUGGAAAAGACUACAGGCACGAUGGGCUCUGAAAAGAGGCUCAGAAGCCCUUCCAAAGUGAUCGAGAGUUUACAAGAAAAACUGGUAUCACCCCCAAGGAGGAUGGACUCAGAUCGCCUGGUAAGAAUGAGGGAGAUCAACUCCUUGUCUCGGAUGAGGUGUCUGAGCUCCAAGAGUGCAGACUCCAUGGAGGAGCCCGACCAUCUAAAGGCCACCAAGAAUCAGGCCUGGCAAGCAGGACAUCUCUCUUCUGUCUCUCAGGAUGCCAUCCCUCGAGAAGAAAAUGGGCAUCCGGAAGUGCCAAGGAGGAAGAUGUCUGAUCAGGACUUGUGGUGUGCAGAGUCAUAUGAUCCCAGCCGAGUGGAGAGGGUGUGA